GUCUUUCUUACCCUCCUUAACAAAGAAAUUGAGACCGGUUCCUGUUCGACUUAUGUCGAAUGUUCGAAAGACCGUCACUCUUAUACCGGGAGAUGGUGUAUGGCCGGAAAUUUUCGUAUCUGUGAAAAAUCUUGUGAAAUUGUCAAAUAUCCCCAUAGAUUUCGAAGAGGUCCCAAUUAGUGAGAUGCCAGGGGCACCAACUAGUGAACUUAAAGAUGUUGUUACUUCUCUUAAGAAAAAUAGAGUAUGUCUCAAGGGUAUUAUUGGAACUCCAGUUGGCGCACAAGAUUUGCAAACUGUCAACAUCCGUCUCAGAAGAAUAUUAGACCUAUAUGCGAAUGUAGUUCAUAUACGUUCCUUUCCUGGCAUUCAAACCCGUCACGACGACCUAGAUUUUGUCAUCAUUCGGGAACAAAUUGAAGGAGAAUAUUCUUCUCUAGAGCAUCAAUCUGUACCCGGAGUAGUUGAAUCUUUAAAAAUAAUUUCUCGUAAAAAUUCUGAACGCAUAGCGAAAUUUGCUUUUGAUUAUGCUACUCGAACGAAUCGCAAGAAAGUCACUUGCAUCCAUAAAGCCAAUAUUAUGAAGCUUAGUGAUGGUCUUUUCCUAGAAACUUGCACUAUAAUGUCAAAGUUGUAUCCACGCAUACAAUUCGAGUCGAUGAUAAUUGAUAACUGUUGCAUGCAACUAGUGAGUCGGCCUCAACAAUUUGAUGUUAUGGUAAUGCCAAAUCUUUAUGGUAACAUAGUUGACAACCUCGCCUCUGGACUUGUCGGAGGUGCAGGACUAGUACCUGGUGUCAGCUACAGCCAUGAGGCAAGUUUUAUUGUUAUUUUACAUUAA